UGCACUCGUACGUGAUUUUGCGUACUCGUAUGUACUUACGUGUUUUUUGCACUCUUUUGCGUUUUUUUAUGUUGAUUUCGUGACCGGGCUUCCGUACUUGUGCAAUAUUGUACAUGCAACGAUGCAACUGAUGCAACUGUGCAUUUAAGUAUAUUGCAUCACGUGCAGAUGCGCAGAUUGGGCCGGCGUUUGCACUCCGCGUGUGUUAAUCCGUUUCGUUUCAAGCAGACAGUGAAAACUUUAUUUUAAAAAAUUGUUAAUUAGAGAAAGUGCAAAAAUGCAAGCUUCGUCGAAUUCAAAUAAUCCUAACGUGCUGAAGCUGAUCAUCGCUGCCGAAUUAGCCGGUUGCCGACUCGACCUCGACGACCUAAAACGCGAGCCCAAACAGAGUUUUGCGAAUCGUUUGCCUGUGCUAAAAAUCUCAUCUACUGGAGACGAACUGUUCAGCUUGUCUUCAGCAGUUCAGUACAUUGCACCUGUUGGCCAGGAGCACAAUGUGGAUGCUAACAGAUGGCUAGAAUGGGAUGCGACUCAGUUGCUGCCUGCAAUAGUUGCUUACGGUGGGUCUGGGAAACUGGACACAUCACAUAAGCCAAGAAUAUGGUCCCUGUUGAAGGAACUGAACACAGCAUUGAAGGACAAAGAGUACUUGAUUAAGUGUAAGAAUGUAACUGUGGUUGACACCACCAUUUGGGUAACUCUCUGGUCAACACUAGUUACCACUGAAAUCGGUGAAAUUAUUUCCAAAGAAUUUUCUAAUCUCUCCAAGUGGUUAAAAAGUAUUGAAAGUCUGCCCGAGAUUACGAAAUCAUUAGAAAAGGUACAGUUGGAAAGAGGAAUCCAAGCUAUUGUUGCAAUCAGUGCAGCAGCUUGGUAUCCUCUGAAUUUGUACACUGGUGCUGAAAAAUUAAGUAAUGCACAAGCUCCUGCAGCUCAUGAAAAAAAUCCUGUUGAUGAGGUUAAAGUAAUCUCCGAAGAAGAACUGAAUGCUGUUAAAAAUAACUGGAGUUCUGUUGCUUAUUCUUGUGUAAAGGAUUCUCAGUAUCCAAUAUUACCCAAAAAAGGAGAGAAAAAUAUUUUAAUUACUUCAGCUCUUCCGUAUGUAAAUAACGUACCGCAUUUAGGAAAUAUAAUCGGUUGUGUUCUUUCUGCGGACAUCUUUGCAAGAUAUUGUCGACAGAGAAAUUAUAAUACACUUUAUAUAUCUGGAACGGAUGAAUACGGGACGGCCACCGAAGCCAAGGCUCUUGAGGAAAAAAUGACUCCUCAAGAAAUUUGCAACAAGUAUUUUGAUAUUCAUAACGAUAUUUAUCGAUGGUUCAACAUUGGCUUUGAUUAUUUUGGUCGCACAUCGACGCCAGAACAGACUGAAGUGACGCAGGAAAUCUUUUUGAGAGUUUUAGAGCAGGGUUACGUAAUCAGUAACUCUGUAGACCAACUUCUUUGUGGAAAUUGUGAUAAGUUUUUGGCAGACAGAUUUGUUGAGGGCACAUGCCCAGGCUGUAAAUACGAAGAUGCACGAGGCGACCAGUGUGACGGCUGUGGGCACCUCAUAAAUGCCAUCGAACUGAUAAACCCUCGGUGUAAAGUUUGUAAUUCAAGACCAACAAUCAAAGCGUCAACUCAGUUAUUUUUGGAUUUGCCCAAGAUUGAAAAGCGUUUACAAGAGUGGGCACCGACAGUAACGAACGGCUGGUCCGCAGUAGCUCGAUCAGUUAUGAAGCCUUGGCUCAGGGAUGGGUUGAAGCAACGUUGUAUCACGAGAGACUUGAAAUGGGGUAUUCCAGUGCCCUUGGAUGGUUAUCGCGAUAAAGUUUUUUACGUCUGGUUUGACGCGCCCAUUGGUUAUAUCAGUAUUACCAAGAAAUACACCAAAGAAUACGAGCAGUGGUGGAAACCCAAGGACGUGGACGUGGACCUGUACCAGUUUAUGGCUAAAGAUAACGUUCCUUUCCAUAGCAUCAUGUUUCCAGCCACGUUAUUUGCAGCUAAUCAGGGACACACGAUCAUCAAAUAUCUUAUGGCGACUGAGUAUCUCAACUACGAGGACACAAAAUUCUCGAAAUCCCGAGGAGUCGGUGUUUUCGGGUCAGACGCUCGAGAAACUGGCAUACCUGCCGACGUUUGGCGUUUCUACCUGGCUUACAUCAGACCCGAAAAUAUGGACUCAAACUUCAAUUGGGUUGACUUGGCGACGAAAAACAAUAGCGAACUGCUGAACAACUUUGGAAAUUUUGUGAACCGAGCUCUCAUGUUUGUUGAGAAGAAUUUCGAUUCCAAGGUGCCAGAGAUAAAUCUCCAGGCAGACGAUCUGCGCGUUCUUGCGCUGAUUCAGCGCGAGUUAACAAGUUAUGUUACACUCUUGGAGCAAGCCAAGCUGAGGGAUGGACUGAGACACGUGUUGGCUAUCUCGAAGCAUGGCAAUCAGUACAUGCAGUACCAGCAGCCCUGGGUCAAGGUCAAGGGUGACGAGGAAGAAAAGAAGAAGGGGGCCACUGUCAUCGGCGUGUGCUGUAACAUCGCGUGUCUCCUGUCCGCUCUGAUAGCCCCGUACAUGCCGAACACAGCACGCGAGCUUAGAGCUCAGUUAGGAUUAACGAAACAAAACUACGGCUAUAUUCCCGAGGUCGUGACGUUGAUGUUAUCGACAGGCCACAGUAUUGGCAAGCCUUCGCCGCUAUUUACUAAAAUAGAGGACUCAAGGGUCGAAGAGCUAAGAAAAAGUUACGCAGGUAGACAAGAGCCCACACCGCCGCCCAAAGGUACAUCCGCACCUCACGCUGAUGUGGCGACCUUAGAAGCGUCGAUUGCUAAACAGGGCGAUAUUGUCAGACAGCUCAAAGCAACGGAAGAAAAGUCCGUCUGGCUGCCGCAAGUGGAGAUUCUGAAAAAACUGAAGCAAAAAUUAGCUGAUUUGCAGAGCAAAAGUAAACCAGAGAUAUCUCCGUCAAUAGCGCAAACGGCAUCACCAAAUUUGACCACGCCCGCGACUCAACAUAACAGCGUUCCUGCAGACGUCGCCGAACUUGAAUCAGCAAUCGCAAAACAAGGCAAUCUAGUACGAGAAUUAAAAGCCCAAGGCGACAAGAGCGUGUGGGAACCACAAGUGAAAGUUCUUCUACAGAUGAAACAAAAAUUAAGUGAAUUGACAGGAUCAACGACUGCAGCACCCAGCCAUAAAAAAUCAAAGAAGAAAAAGUAACAAUUAGCUUCUAAUCAGAUAAAAAAA